GUCAAGCAUUUCUCAAUUAAUAUACAAACAUACAUACAUAUUUUCAUCCUCCCUCAGUCACAGCCACUGCUGCUAGCCCUUCGUUUCCGUUUAUUUGUAAUCAAAAGUUUUUGGGGUAUAUCAGAUUUACACGAGGGGUGAAAUUCACUUAAGGCGAUGUCAUCUUGUGGAUUUUCUACAUGUACAUUGCCCGAGACUCUGCAAAGUCGUGAAUUGAUAUGCAAUAAACCAAGUUGCAUCAGUAAGCAUUCGAAGAAAAACUGCAUAUCUGCUGACCUGUCUCAUCUGAAGACCAGCUGGCAACGAAAAGGAAGGCUCCGAUGCCAAGCACUGGAUGUUGAAAGCAAUCAUGCUUUCUUGAAAGGAGAAGUGUUUCAACUUGAUGAUGUGAUUGAAGCUCAACAGUUUGAUAGAGAGAUUCUGAGUGCUAUAUUUGAAGUGGCACGUGAGAUGGAAACGAUUGAAAAGAAGUCACGUGGAAACCAGCUUUUGAAAGGUUAUUUAAUGGCUACUCUCUUUUAUGAGCCUUCAACCAGGACCAGGCUUUCAUUUGAAUCAGCAAUGAAAAGGUUGGGCGGGGAAGUAUUGACAACUGAAAAUGCACGAGAAUUUUCAUCUGCAGCAAAAGGAGAGACACUCGAAGAUACAAUAAGGACAGUUGAAGGGUACUCAGACAUAAUUGUAAUGAGGCAUUUUGAAAGUGGUGCUGCUAGAAGAGCCGCAAUGACGGCUAACAUUCCAGUCAUUAAUGCUGGGGAUGGACCAGGACAACAUCCUACACAGGCCCUUCUUGAUGUUUACACUAUAGAAAGGGAGAUAGGAAAGUUGGAUGGAAUCAAAGUUGGACUAGUUGGGGAUCUUGCUAAUGGGCGAACCGUUCGCUCCCUUGCAUAUCUUCUUGCCAAAUACAAUGAUGUGAAGAUCUACUUUGUUUCUCCCGAGGUUGUAAAAAUGAAGGAUGACAUUAAGGAGUACUUGACAUCAAAGGGAAUCCAAUGGGAAGAAAGUGCAGAUCUUAUGGAAGUGGCCUCCAAAUGUGAUGUGGUUUAUCAAACUCGCAUCCAGCGAGAGCGGUUUGGGGAGAGAAUAGAUCUUUAUGAUGAAGCUCGUGGCAAGUACAUUGUCAAUCGGGACAUCUUGCAUGUCAUGCAAAAGCAUGCAGUGGUGAUGCAUCCUCUCCCAAGGCUUGAUGAGAUCACAGUGGAUGUAGAUGGGGAUCCAAGAGCUGCCUACUUUAGACAGGCAAAAAACGGGCUCUUUAUUCGAAUGGCUUUGUUGAAGCUUUUACUCCUCGGAUGGUGAUGACACAAGUUUUGGAAUCUGCAGCAGCCAUGGUGUCCCAUUGGGAUUCUGGCACUGUAGGGAAAUAGUAUGACUCAGAUGCAUCAACGCAUGUUUACUUUCUUUCUCAAUGUUGUGUUAACGUGCUGUUAUUCCUGCUGGAAAUUUUGAACCAGGUGGGCAUGUGACAAGACUUACAAGACAACGUGCUCCUAAAUGUAGUCAUAUGCAAUAUAUCUUUAUGAUAGUUAUUAGGUAGUUCCUAAGUGAGUUGACUUUCAAGUUUCAACAAAAAAUUUUGGACCAAAGAUGUCAUAAAUGGUCAGUUUAUGUAGUAUUCCUAUGUUUUGCCAUAAAUGCAACUUAUUUCUGUUGUGAUA